CGCACUCAGCAGCGCAGCCCCACAGGUGUCGACGGCUCAGCGAGAGGGUUCCCGCCAGGCUAGGCAGUGGAGUGCCGCACAGCGCGCCUUCCAGCCUCGCAGCCGCCACCCUAGCGGUUCCGACCCGGCGCCAGCAGGCCUGCUUGGUCGAUCUUCGAGCCAAAGAUGCGGCGAGGCUGGAAGAUGGCCCUAUCUGGGGGGCUGCGGUGCUGCCGCCGGGUACUGUCCUGGGUGCCAGUGCUCGUUAUUGUCCUCGUCGUGCUCUGGUCCUACUAUGCCUACGUCUUUGAACUCUGCCUGGUGACUGUUUUGAGCCCAGCAGAAAAAGAGGCAUUGGCUGUAGAGGCAAGAGAGCAGAGUGGUUGGACGACAGUAGACCAUAGUAUACAAAAGUUUGUUUACCUCAUACUCUACCAUGCCAUCUUUGUGUUCUUUACCUGGACCUACUGGAAGUCUAUCUUUACACUCCCACAGCAGCCAAAUCAGAAGUUCCACUUGUCCUACACAGACAAGGAGCGCUAUGAAAAUGAAGAGAGACCUGAGGUCCAGAAGCAGAUGCUUGUUGAUAUGGCCAAAAAGCUACCGGUUUACACAAGAACUGGAAGUGGAGCUGUACGAUUCUGUGACCGGUGUCAUCUGAUCAAGCCAGACCGCUGCCACCACUGCUCUGUCUGUGCUAUGUGUGUGUUAAAAAUGGAUCAUCACUGCCCUUGGGUUAAUAACUGCAUUGGAUUUUCCAACUACAAAUUCUUCCUUCAAUUCUUAGCUUACUCUGUUCUCUACUGCCUGUACAUUGCUACAACAGUCUUCAGCUAUUUCAUCAAAUACUGGAGAGGGGAAUUACCCAGUGUUCGCUCUAAGUUCCAUGUCCUUUUUCUUCUCUUUGUGGCCUGCAUGUUUUUUGUCAGCCUUGUGAUUCUCUUUGGUUACCAUUGUUGGCUUGUCAGCAGAAACAAAACCACCUUAGAGGCCUUCUGCACUCCAGUGUUUACAAGUGGCCCAGAGAAAAAUGGGUUCAACCUUGGCUUCAUCAAGAAUAUCCAGCAGGUGUUUGGAGAUAAGAAGAAGUUCUGGUUAAUACCUAUUGGUUCCAGCCCUGGUGAUGGACACUCCUUCCCUAUGAGGUCUAUGAAUGAGUCACAGAACCCACUGCUAGCAAAUGAAGAACCCUGGGAAGACAAUGAGGAUGACAACCAAGAUUAUCCAGAAGGCUCAUCAUCUCUUGCUGUGGAAACGGAAACAUAGCAGUUUUCACAUUUCCUGCAUCUCUCAGACAGGACUCACCAUCUCUGCCUCCCAUGAGGCUUACAGAGUUCAAUGUUGGAAAUCAUUGUAAUCUUCAAAAUAAGUCACCGUGUUGGAUUGAAAGCUUCAAAAUUUGAAAGAAUUCCAUCAAAUACUUGCUGUGUAAAUGUUUCUGGACUUUAUGUUAUUUAAUUUACUGACUGAAAUCCAAUUUGGAAUUUGGUAGCAGUUAAUUCAAGCCAAUUUUUUUGUUUCUUCAUUUCCCCUCCCCCAAUCCAUGAAAGCCUAAAUGUAAAAUAUAUCUUUUCAUUCAUCUUAUCAGGUAAAACGAAAUUCAGAAAAUUUCCUUAGAGUCUUUAAUUCCCCCACAAAGAUUAUUAAUCACAUAUAUAGGGCCUUUUUGGUGUUGAAGGUAAUCAAACUACAUUUGCUGCUUGUGUGCAUGUGCAUUUGUGAACAUGUACAGCUUAUCUAUACAAAAUUCUGCUAUAGUGUGAAAAUCAAGGCUAAAAACCUGAAGCCUUUGUUUAAUUAUGCUUUUCCUCUAAAUAGCAACUUAAAUAUUUGCUAGACUUUGAACCAUAGCUAUAUCAAGUAUCAAAAAUUUGGGAGGGUGAAUCAGUACACUGUGACCAAGGUCCUCAAAUUGGAACUUGAACAACAAUGUAAAACCUGUUCUGUCACAAAUGUUCCUGAAAGCACCACAGCUACUCAAGAAGAUCAAAUUCAGGACAUAAACUUUAUUAAACAUAAUAACCAGUGUUUUUUAAAGACUUUUUUGUCAGGGUGCAGUAAAAUUCUCCAAUUACUUUUAUUCAUUUAUCUGCUACCUAGUUUUAUUUUAGCCUUUAUGAGUUAUUUUAUGAUGAAAGAAAAUCUAUAAGCCUAAGUUAUGGCCCAUAGGUUUUGUUAAGGGUUUUCAGAGUGAUUUUCAGGUUUAAUUUCACUGCCUUUCAUAAGGGUAAAGUUUCACAGCUGACAUUAGCCUGAGGACUAGCACUAAAGAGCUGUGUUUUCAUAGCAGGGGCUAUUGUACAGACAGUGAUAACCAAAUAGUAAUAUGCCAAUUCUUUCUUCUUUUUUUAGCUUCAGUAGUAGCUAAGCCGUUAAUACAGUUUGCAUCAAUUUCCCCAUUUAUUUAUAAUCAGCCUUUCUUUUAGUCCUAGUGCCUGAAUCAAUGAGUGAGAAUAUUAGUACUGCUUCUUUACAAUAAUAAUAUCUUAAGAGUAUUGAUGUCUUUCAUUUUUUCAUCCAGCAGUCUAGUGCCCAGCUGCUGAAAAUAAAAGCUCCAACUCUUUUAGAGAUCAGUGGAAUUUAGAAGCAUCUUACAGGUAUCAAGGAAUUGGGCUUCUAGAGGGAUGGUUUGGCUUACUAAUUUAUCUUCCCUGAAAUAUGUUUGAGUAAAAAAGAGUUGCCUGCCACAAUUUAGUGUUGGGGUUCCAGUGGAGCUGAGACAGUGAACAAUCCAGCUACUUAAAGCAACAACAAAACCUGUUCAUCUGGACCCCUAGGUAAUUUUGACCAAGGUGAGACUUUUGGCAUAAAUUAAAUGGAUUGUGGUCAGCAUUAAUUUGAGAGAAUACUAGACAUGACUACACUUAUUAGGGCUAGUGACUUUCUCAAACUCAGAAGCUAAAAAGCAGCCUAGAUGACUAUGCACACACUGGGUUUCAUGAUGAAAUCUUAUAUAUUCAGAUGGAAAAAAAUUUCCCCUUACACUCUUUCUCAAAAUAAUACUCUCUUGUUUGGGUUUUUCUUGAAAGCUUAUUUGGCCAUUCCCAUGGUUUUAUGACAGACAAGCCUUGUCUUCUAUUCAUAUAGAUAUGCACCUUUUUCCACAUGUAUGGCCUUUACUUACUACACAGCAAGUAGGCCUCAAAGUAAUCUUCCUCUUUCCCAUCAAUCAUCUUCUGCCAAGCAUUCAGGCAGAGCAGCUGUUAACUAUGAUUCAAAGUCAGAAAAACAACAAGAACUUCUUUGAUGCAUAGGGUGUAUCAGCACUCAGCUCCCACAGAAGUCAAGUCACAAAAUAUAGUGUCAGUUAACUAUAAGGAAGUUCCGGAGAGGUAAAGCUCAGGAAAGCUAUAAUGCAAAGCUAAUUGUUUAAUGUCUUACAGAUUUACACUGUCUUUAAAAGGCCAAAUAAGGCUGGGUGCAGUGGCUCACACCUGUAAUCCCAACACUUUGGGAGCCCAAGGUGGCCGGAUCACCUGAGGUCGGGAGUUAAAGACCAGCCUGACCAACAUGGAGAAACCCCGUUUCUACUAAAAAUACAAAAAUUAGCCAAGAGUGGUGGUGCAUGACUGUAAUCCCAGCUACUCAGGAGGCUGAGGCAGGAGAAUCGCUUGAAUCUGGGAGGUGGAGGUUGUGGUGAGCUGAGAUCGUGCCAUUGCACUCCAGCCUGGGCAAUAAGAGUGAAACUCUGUCUCAAACAAAACAAACAAACAAACAAAAAAAAAAGCCAAAUAAAUCAGGGUUUUACCAGGGGGCUCAGAGAUAAAAAGAAACCCUAUUCCUAUCUUAGCAUUUUGGUCUCAUUGGUUUAUAGACUCUGAUAAUAUCUCUAUCCAUGGAUCAUUUGAGUAUUGACUAAUGUACAUAGGUACCCAACUGGUUGAUUAUUAAUCAAGAAUACAGAGUUUUGUUUAAUAAUUAGUACACCCUGA